AUGCAGUUCCUUAGCUGGAAAGCUUCCCCUAAUAUAUAUAUUGAGAUACACUGCUCCAUGUUCCUUACACAAAUUCGAUCCAGCCAAUAUUUUACAAGCAAAUUUUUUCUUCCAUUGCGUUUGCCUUCGUCUUAACUUGAAAAAUGACACAAGCACAACAAUCUCUCUCGCUCAAAAUUGAGAAAGAAUAUGUUCAAAAUUCAGAACGAGUAAAAUCUGUGGAUCUGCAUCCAACUGAACCAUGGAUUCUAGCAAGUUUGUAUUCUGGAACUAUACGUAUCUGGAACUACCAAUCACAGACUGUGGAGAAGUCUUUCAAGGACACCGAGUUACCAGUCAGAUCAGCAAAAUUCAUAGCACGCGAAAACUGGAUAGUUGCUGCAGCAGAUGACACAUUUAUUCGUGUCUACAAUUAUAACACACUAGAAAAGGUUAAAGAGUUUGAGGCACAUAAAGACUACAUUCGGUGUGUGGCUGUCCAUCCUACCCUUCCAUAUGUACUGACAGCGUCCGAUGACAUGGUUAUAAAGCUUUGGGAUUGGGAGAAAGAUUGGAUAUGUACUCAAAUCUUUGAGGGACAUUCACAUUACGUGAUGCAAGUUGCAUUUAACCCAAAGGAUAACCUUAAUUUUGCAAGUGCAUCACUUGAUGGUACCAUAAAGAUAUGGGAUAUUUCCUCCCCUGCUCCAAAUUUUACAUUGGAUGGCCAUUUGAAAGGUGUGAACUGUGUUGAGUAUUUCACAGGCGGCGAUGAACCAAAAAUCUUAAGUGGUUCUGAUGAUUUUUCUGCUAAGGUGUGGGACUCUCAAAGCAAAAGUUGUUUGCGAACACUAGAGGGCCACACACACAAUGUUACCUCAGUAUGUGUUCAUCCCGAGCUUCCCAUAAUUAUUACUGGUUCCGAGGACGGGACUAUUCACAUAUGGCAUGCAACAACCUAUAGGCUUGAGAACACAUUAAACUAUGAUCUUGGAAGAGUUUGGGCAAUUGGAUACAAGAAAGGAUCAAACCAGAUUGCAUUUGGUUGUGACAAUGGAACUAUUAUGGUCAAUAUGAAAAGUACUUGAGGUUUUCUAAACCUACAAGUUGAGGAGGAAGAGUUGGAGGAAUUGAUUCAUCUACCAUUGCUGCUACAAAUAGUAUAUGGGGUGUUUUGUAUGAAUAAUUCUAUCUUCGAGUCAAAGAGGAAGACUAGAAAAGGAAGAAUUUGAAUAAUCACUAGUGUUGUUUUACUACUUACUAUUAUGGUUUUAUGUUCUGGCUUGAUUAUAGCUAUGUAAUGUCACUAGAAUAAACUUCAAUGGCAUGGAUCUAUCUUUGUCUUUA